UAUUGAGCAGCAUACUGUGGCGGCGGAUCAGCGGGGCGGUGCGCAGAGCUAGACAAGGCAACACUGUAUUUCCACCCACCUCCCCCUCUCCCAGAUACAGAGAAACGACCGAGAAAAAGGGGGGUUACGCAUCCCGUCAUCUCCAAGAGUUCUAACAACUUCGCCGGGCUGGUGUGUGCUGAUCUCUCCGGCUGGCCGUGGCUGCGGACCGGGAGAACCGUAAAGUUAAGGAACUAAGAUAGGCUCGGUGCCCGCAGGUGAUCUGUUAGGUGCUGUGUCCAGAUCGGCGACAUUUCCAACCCCCAACACCACCCCCCCCCCUCCGGAGGAACCCCGCAAGUGUUGGAAACUUCCCCGGCGCAGCAUCGAUCGCGGACCUCCCGCCCACUUCUCCUCUGAGCCACAGCGUUGGAAAGGAGGGAGCGAGUCCUGCAGCCGCUGCGGUGGAUGGAGGGAGCAACAAAAGGCUAAAUGGUUUAUAUAGAAGCGCUGCUUUGAGACAAACGCAACUCUCCUUCGCCCCCUCGCCCGCUGUAUCUCGAAAACUGCAUUCAAACUAACUAAACCCAAACUGCAAAUCUGUAGCCGCUUGGAUCUCAUCGUUUUGGGGGAAAACCGGGCUCUACUUCGUGCAAACUCCGGCAGCCAGGCGGAAUCGACGUAGAAAUUGAUGCUCUGGCACAAAGACGCGCAACUCUGAACCCUCUAGUUUUGCGAAAGUCUCCUACUGCGCAGCGAGGGAGAAGCGAGGGAUUUCCGAAGUGGAAUCUUGCAGAAGUUGCAUGCUCGAUCUUUGUCGUCUCGAGUGAGCCCCCACGAUCCUCCCGUCCAUCCACUCUCAGGUUAUCAGACCAGAUCCGGAUAGUUUGAGGAGGCGCCAUGGCGAUGUGUGCGGGGAUAUGGAUACUGCUUGCAGCGCUGCACGUCCAAGCUGGCGACGGACAGAUGGUGCAGAUGGACUACAGCAAGUCCGGCUUCGUGGGCUCACAAGUGGAGCUGCGCUGCAUCUUCAUCAACAGCAACCCGCCGGUUAAGAUCUCCCAGGUCACCUGGCAGAAGGUCCUCAACGGCACCAAGCAGAACGUGGCCAUAGCCAACCCGGCCCUCGGCGUGUCCGUCCUGUCGCCCUUCAAGGAGCGCGUGAGCUUCAAGCAGGCGGCUGUCCGCCACCGCACGCCCUCGCUGGAGGACACCACCAUCGUGUUCUCCAGCCUGCAGCUGUCCGACGACGCCACCUACAUCUGCGAGUAUACCACGUUUCCCGCGGGGAACCGUGAGAACACGGUCAACCUCACUGUUUUCGCUCGACCCAUGACACGUAUGACCUUGACGACGCCCACGAUUGUGGCCAGGGCCUCCAAACGCAAGAUGACCGUUGCCACUUGCCUGUCCGCCAAUGGGAAGCCCCAGAGCGAGAUCAAAUGGGAAACCAGGUUGAAGGGCGAAGCCACUUUCCAGGAGACGCGCAAUCAAAACGGGACGGUGACGGUGCGGAGCAACUACGUGGUGGUGCCGAGCCGCGAGACCCACAAGCAGAAGCUCACGUGCAUCGUCACGUACCGGAGUGAAAGGAUCACAGACAGCGUGGUGCUCAACGUGCAGUACGAACCUGUGGUGACGAUUGAGGGCUUUGAUAAAAACUGGUUCCUGAACCGUCAGAAUGUUCAGCUGACCUGCAGAGCUGAUGCCAACCCCCCUGUCACCAUCUACCAGUGGAAACUGUUGAACGGCUCCCUGCCCAGCAAUGUGGAGAUCAAAAACAACACCCUGUUCUUCAAGGGGCCGGUGACCUACGACCUGGCCGGCACGUACGUGUGCGACGCCACCAACGGCAUCGGGACUCGCACCGGCAUCGUGGACGUCAACAUCACAGAAUUCCCUAACAACCCGCACACCCCUGGCUAUGAGACCCAGCCGGAGCCGCACAAUGCAGGUGCCGCCAUCGGCGGCGCAGUGGGGGGAGUGGCCCUGUUAGGCGUGGCGGCCAUACUGCUCUUCGUAUUCCUGCGCCGCCGCCAGCGCACCUUCAAGGGGGACUACAGCACCAAGAAACACGUGUUCGGUAACGGGUAUAGCAAGGCCGGCGGCCUGCCCGCCCACCCGCCCAUCCCCAAGAACCUCCAGUACCCUGACGACUCGGACGACGAGAAGAAGCCCACCCAGAUCGGCGGUCCCGGGGGGUUCGAGGCGAGCGAGCGCAAUUUUGACGGAGAGCAAGAGGACCUGAAGAGGCCCUAUUUCACCGUGGACGAGGCGGAGAGCCGAGAUUAUGGCGAGCGGACUCUGGGUUUCCAGUACGACCCUGAACCCGAGAUAGCCGACGACAUGAUCUCUCAGACCGACGGCUCUGUCAUUUCUAAGAAGGAGUGGUACGUGUAGUGGCAUGCAGCAACCAAACCAAACCCUCCUCACCCCCCUCCCCACCCCCCCCCCCCCCCCCCCCCCCCACCACCACCACAACCCCCCCCCCCCCACCUGCAUUCCACUGCACUGUUCACCUCCAUCAUUAUUUCUCGCCCUCCCAUUUGUCAAACUGCACCUUCCACAGUCCCUUAUGGUCUAGCUAGGUACCCACCUACCACCACCCUCCCCCCCAGGCACCGCGCCCCCCUGCCCAACUCCACCCCCACAACUACAACAUCAUCCAACUAAUCUCAAUUAGAAAAAUUCGAGCGUCUAGUGCUAGUGACUUGAGCUCCUCAACAUGACAGCAUUGGUAUCAGUUCCAUAAGGUGAAUGGGCAAAGAGUACGAACCAAGGUAUGUAAGUGGACGCCUGAGUCCAGCUAGGUGACUGAGGUCCAUCAGUACCGGUGUAAUAUUCAUUUUGUGUAUUUCCUCAUAAAUGUAUUAAAUGUGUAAAAAGAGACUACAGGUUGAGGUUUUUUCCGAGCACACUUGUGAAGGUCCUACACUGGAUUUGCGAUCUUUUUUUUUUUUACCAUUGCUGUUUUUGUUAUUUUUAUAAUAUCUUUUUGUAUUAUUUUUAAGUGACCAGAGAAUUGAGAGUUAAAUGUUUGACAUGAUUACAGGUGGAGUUGUAAGUGUUUGUAAUUUUGUGGUCAGAUGUUUCAGAGAAAAAGAAAAAAAGCCCCACAGCACCUGUACCAUUUCUCCUGUUUCUCACUGGGGUUAAAGUCAAUGAAAAGAGUUUUUGUAUCUUCACUGCAUUACAAGCAGAUGUCUUAUCGAAGUUUCCCAAAACACGCUUAGUCCUUCUUGAUCUCCCUCCCUCGUUUUAUUUUCUUCCUAAGAACAAGUCGGACAACUGAGUGUUUUCACACUCUCCCCAAAUUUCAAUUAAGUUGAACCAGUUUCCAAAUCAGUGAAUCAGAAUAACAGGGGAAGAGAUGGGCUGCACCAGUUUCUACUUUCUUUCCCUAGUGCAUCACAGCAUCAAGUUUUGGUGAGUCUGUUUCUCCAAAAUCCUUCAAUAACGCUCUGAAAUGUCAUGAUUUUCAUUUGACUUGAACAGAUUGACCUUUGCUCACAUGCUCUACCACUAUAAUGAAAUGUCCAUUGCUUUCUGUGCUGAAAUAUCAUAAUAAUGUUUGGUUCUGACCCUCCUUUUAUCAAAUGGAUGUCGCAGAAAAGUGUCUGGAGUUUCCCAAUAAUGACUUUUAUCUCUCCUUAUAAUUGUGUGACUGUGCUGGAGAACUUGUUAAUACACACACACACACACACACCUUUACCCACCACACCCCUCCACGCUUACACAAAGAGCCUUUCUAUGAGGAGUCGUCCAUGGAUCUUAACGACACGGAUGUGAGGGAAAUGUCGACAGAUGCUUUUGUCUAUGGAAGAAAUAUUUGAACAUGUAAAGGGAAUUACGUACAUGAAGGUGGCUGGAGUACAAAAGUCACCUGCUGCUGUGAUUAGUUUGUCCAUCUGUUAUUAAUUCAUUUCAUUCAUCUGAAUUUAAGGUCUGUCAGAAGUCAGAAAUGUCCAUUACACAAUAUUCACCAAAAAGCAUUUGCUUCAAGCACAAAAAAGGGACAAAUUAAAUGUGAAACAUCAGAUAAAACAGAAGCAAUUGAGUAAUGUCCUGGAUGUUCUAUAUCAAGCUUAUGCAUUAUUUUAUGCAUGCUUUUUAUUUUUCUGUAUCAAUUCCAGUGCGUUUGUUUUCAUUUGCAACUCUAAAAUGACUCUGACUGCGGUAUGAGUUCAUGGAUAAGUAGAAAAAAAACGAUAUAUAUAUAGAUAUAUAUAUAUAUAUAUAUAUGUAAAAAGGAAAAAAUUACAUUUCUCUUUCAGCAGAUCUCUCCAUCAACUUGAGAUUUAAAUGUCUUAAAAUCUGUGUUUGUCUACUGUAUCUUUUUGAAAUGAGCAUGUUAAUCACAUGCCUCAAUUUAAAUUGUACUUUCAAAACAAAUUGACAUCUUAUAAGUGGACAAUAUCCCGUUCUGAUCAAAAUGAGUCUGCUGAUUUUCAUUUAAUUUUGUACUGCCAUAUUUUUUUUUGUAUUCAGUGUAUUGACAGUUUGACAACAGACAGGAGAUUUUAAAAAGCAACAUAGUUACCAUAGUUGCAAAAUCAUUUUUUUUUAAAUCACAAUUUCAUUGCCUUUAAGUUUAUUAUUCACUUCUUGGUUAUCUGAUUUGCUGUAACUUUCUAAUUCCUAUGUAGUUUGCAUGUUAAAACAAUCAAACAAUUUCAUAUUUUCUUCUUGCAUUCAGUGCCUAUCUAAGUCAGGAGUAGCAACAGUGGCUGCUCCACCAAGUUAUCCAUGCCGUAGAAUGACGUCAUUGAGUAAUAUUGACAUAUGACGCAGCUACAAAAUUGGUUCCUUAUUUGCAACGAGUUGUACUUAGUAUAUUGUGGCUCCAGCACAAUGCUAACAAGGUGUUUGUACUUGAUCUUUGAAUUGAAAAAUCUCUUAAAAGCUUAUUUUAUUACCAUUUUAAAGUUUAAUGAUGGCUUAAUGGUGACACAGUCCCUCCAAACCCCCCAAACUCGCCAGUUAAAGUCCUAAAGAGAUGAAAUCUGUGACACUUUCUUGCACAUCGCUGACCUUUCUAAGCACAACAAUUGAAAAAUAAUGGAAUGAAAGGUAAUUUAAUUAAAAUAUUUUUUUAAAGUGGCCCAAAGGAAAGCUCAACUUGACCCCCUUUGAAAAGCACAAGUAUAAAGGUUUCAUUGUCCACUUGUCCUGCAUCCAUUAGGAAACCACUGGCACACUUGCUUGUAAGACGUGUUGGAGGAAUUCAAACCUUUCAGAUCAAGGUUGACGUUCUGUAUACUAGUGGAUGUGAACAUUGUCUUCAUGUUGUCGGGGUGUUAUGAGUUCCCUAUUUUGUAAUAUUGACUGUAACUCCAUUCCAUCCUAAUCUACGUUUUGUAUCCACUAUGUUCAACAUUCCACUGUAAAUAGUGUACAUAGGGUUGAGAUAAAAGUUGGGAUUUAUUUAGGGACAACUGCGUAGGGACCCUGUUUAUGUAAAAUAUACCUAUUUGGACUGCAAACCUAGAGACUCGAUGAUGGAUAGAAGAAGCCGAUAGCUUAUUUCCAAAGUCCCACCUAGAAAUGUUCCUCCAGUACGUUUUUGAUAUGCCACUAGCGGCUUUGCUGUCAUACAAAAGGGGUGACGUAUACAGUAUGUCCAUUUAAUGUUAUUGAGAGAAAAUCUAAAAGAGAGAAAUUGUCUGUAUGCUGCCAUGUGAAUGUAUAUUUCUGAGGGUGUUACAAAUAUAUAUAUAAAAAAAAAAUCUCCUGUUUAAUUGUGAUGACCCAGUGAAGUAACUUGUAUUUGUUUUAAGCAUUAAAUAAGUUCAAUAGUCAACAAUA